GUCAUGAUUAUCUAAUCUGCUCCAAGGCAAAAUGCCUUCAUCGACAACGACGAGUCUUCAUGAGUUUACCAGCACUGUGCCAUUUCCAUUGACUGCUGUACUUGUCCAACUAGCUCCAUACUUUGCCUUGGUCAAGAAUGCCUUUGAGAUCUUAACCUGGUCGCGCUCGACGUCAUACGACGCUUGGCUGGCUCUCGCUUCAUGGUGGGCUGUAUGUCUUUUGUCGAACGCUACUCUACGAUAUUUUCUUCCAAUUGCAGUUGUUAUUUCACUCACAGUGAUCACUGCUUCAGCAAACGCACGGUCAUCUGCUCCUCCGGUUACAGAGACCAAUCUUCAGGCAACUAUUGCAGAUCUGACAACUAUCCAAUCUCUUUUACCUGACGCCAAAUUUUUCCCCAAAUCCCGCCCUGCAUUCUCUACCCUUCUCCGAGUUUCUGCAAUCUUGUAUCCUCCGUAUCUGCUCCUCACAUAUUACGUCCCUCUGCGGAUUCUCAUCGCAGUCACUGGCACCGUGGGCAUAACGUGGAACUCCCCAUGUGCUUUUGUCCUUCGGAACACCCUUCUCAAGAGCGCCUGGGUCAGAUGGUGCACAUUAUACGUUUGGUCUAAAGUAACUGGCCAGCCACUUCCUCUACGCAGUUUGUCUUACCAGACGCUUGCUACCUUAAAUUCAGUGGAACCAGGACUAUCGCUUCGAUUCUUGUUUACUAUAUAUGAAAACCAGCGAUGGUGGAUGGGUUUGGACUUUUCCCCUGCGUUACUUCCUGGUGAGAGACCCUCCUGGUGUUCUGUUUCUUUGCAGCCAGUGUCUCCGCCCAAUGCCUUUGUGCUUCCCGAGCCAACUUCAGUCUAUCUGCGUGACAGUAAUGGGAAGCGAGUCAAGCGGACCGCGACAUGGAAAUGGGAAGAACCUGAGUGGAGAGUCCUUGUAAGGAAAGAAGACGGUGUGGUCUCUCGCGUCGAGAAGCCUGUACCAGCACCAAAGGAAGAAAAUUCGAGCCUUAUAAUGAAGGCUGCAGGGAAAAUGAAGGACGUCAACUCACUCCAAAGUCCUGUAAACGGAGAAGGCGAUCGUCCAUCGUCUGAGAAGGAUGAAGAUGAAUCAGAAGAUGAGGAUAUCCCUACUGAUGUUGACGGAUGGGUUUAUGGCGACAACAAGUGGGAAGCUAGAAGCAGUAAAGGUGGAAUGGGCAAGUACACAAGAUAUCGACGUUGGACAAGGGUCGCUGUGGUAAAUGAAGUUGUCGAAAUAGUAGAGGACGGAGAAACUGGAGUAGAGGGAGGUCGCACCACUGUCACAAUGGUCAAUGCCAGCCCGAUUUCCAGUCCAUACCGUCAAACGGAGGCUAAUUCGGAGACAGAAAGUCCUCUUCGACAAAGAUUAAAAUCUGCCCUUUCGAAAGGAGUCUCAUAGAUAGUUGUGAAUUUUCGUCACGGUGUACAAGUCAUGUAUUGUAUCACUCAGCAUAGUUAAUCUCAUUAGUCAUCCGUCCA